ACACACACACACGCACACACAUAACCAUUCACUGACACACUCGCACGCACGCACGCACACAAACACAUAGUCACCAAGUCGACUUGUAUCUUGUGUUGUACUGGAGUCGACUUGAACCUUACUCCAGGUACCCCCCCUGUCAGUGACGUCACACUAAGCUGUUGAUUGAGCCAGCAGCUGACGACGACAUAUUUAACGACAGGAAGAUUGUGUCCUGUCACCUUACAAUAAAAACUCAGCUUCUAUCCACAACUACUUUGUAAAGAGAUGGUUUACUGCUGACCCCUGCCUGACUCCAGCCACGUGACUCAUCCUCUGCGUGCACGUCUGUGAUUGGAUGACGAAGUACCUGUAUGAGACAUUCAAAAGUACAACUUUAUUUUACACGACCUGGGGUCACACACGUCCCCUGAUAAAGAUCCUUCUGAUGAAAGGUUGUGGAGGUAGACUGUGUAACUGAAUGCUCGGCUGACAUGUUUUCCUCCCUGAAAAAUAAAUAAUGCUGAUUCAUCUCUCUUUCCUCAUCUUGUAACGAAAUUAGUUUUCAAACGUUGCUAGCGCUGAUGUUGAAGAUGAAGAUUAUUGGGAAGACGGCGAAGUAGAUAACACCAUACACUGACCUUCUCUGAUGAAAUUGGUCUUUAAGGGGACAGGUGUUUGUAAUAUUCCUGUCGUGCAUCAGGUGACACACAAAGCCUCAACCACAGUCCACCACCGAUGUCGGUCGCUUGAAACCCGCUCCACGUGACCCAGGGGUGUAUAUAAUGACAGAGCUCUGUGUCUGGAGUAACUAGUGGACAGCAUGGCGAGAGUUCUCUGUCUUUUGUUGACUUGCUUCUGUCUGGCUGGAGAGUGACAUUGUUUCAUUGACCAGCUUGCACAGUCUGCCCAGCAGAGUGGACGUCUGUGGGGUCCAAAUGUUAUCGUCCACUCCGAACUUUCAUGACGUGGCAGGAAGCACAGGGUAAUUGCUCCAGUAUGCAAGGUCGGCUGCCGGAGAUAACUAACAGCGAAGACAACAAGUCUCUGAAAGAUUUGAUUUAUAAACAAAAGUUGGAGCUAUCUUGGCUCGGCUUCGUGAGACAGUCCGGUGAAUGGAAGUACCUCUCCAACAAAGAGAAGAUAACGUUCAGCGACUGGCGCCCCGACUACGACAACGGCAACUGUUCGGUGACGAGUCCUCACGACAAGUGGUGGCCCUUCAGUUGUUACAUAACUCGCACCAACGUCGUCUGUGAGUACGUGAAAUAAGGCGACGCAGGAUCUUGGCAGCUUUGAAGGAAGAAGAUAAGUACUGUACAACUACUGUACAACUACUGUACAACUACUGUACAACUACUGUAUGUGCAUACCAUGUGACUGGCUGUUGCUCGGAGACGUUACCAACUCUCUUUUAAAAAGAAAUAAACCCUCCAUCCUUCUGUCAAC